AUGUGGGGGAAGGGAAAGAAGCGUUUCGGCGGCGGCGGCGAGCCGGCGGCCAAGCGCCAGGCCGCCGGGGACGACGGACCCUCCGAACCCGCCGAAGACGGUACGGUCGUAGCCGAGAUAUCUAAGAACAAGAAGGUGUCCGUUAGGAGCUGGAAAGGCAGGGUCUACGUCGACCUCCGCGAAUUCUACGUCAAGGACGGCAAGACUCUCCCCACCCGCAAAGGUAUAUCACUCCAGUUAGAUCAGUGGAAGAUAUUGAGGGACAAUAUCAAAGCCAUAGAUGAGGCCAUCAAGGAGAACACAUGA